AUGCCUGAUAAUUGGCGCAAUGAUAAAUAUGCUGGAAAAGACUGGUUUUCAGGUUUCAUGAAGCGACAUGGACAAGAACUCUCAAUUAGACAACCUGAAGCGACAAGUUUGUCCAGAGCUACAAGUUUCAACAAGCAUAAUGUAGAGUUAUUUUUCUCCAAGCUUUCUUCUCUCAUGGAUAAGUAUAAAUUUGAACCUCAAGACAUAUGGAAUGCUGAUGAAAGUGGAGUGACAACUGUUCAGAAACCUCGUGCAGUGGUAGCAGUUAAGGGCACAAAGCAAGUUGGCUCUCUUACCUCAGCUGAGAGAGGACAACUUGUUACAUUUUGUGUUGCUGUCAGUGCCAUUGGAGGGUCUGUUCCUCCCAUGUUGAUAUUUCCACGGAAAAACCAUGAUAAUUUCAUAAGGGAUGGCCCAGAAGGAUCAAUUGGAGCCUGUCACCCUUCUGGAUGGAUGACACAGGAUAACUUCUUACUGUUUAUGAAGCAUUUCAUUAAGCAUACAAAAGCAACUGUCGAGAAACCUAUCUUGCUGUUGCUAGAUAAUAACCAAUCUCAUGUUAACUAUACUCGCCGCACCGAAUAUUGGCCGGUGAGGCGGAGCUCGGGGAUUCCCCCAGUGGUGCUACAAUUGCAGCCCUUAGAUAGGUCAGUUUAUGGACCUUUCAAGCGUUACCUGAGUUCAGCUCAGAAUGACUGGUUACGGAGUAAUCCUGGAAAAAGAAUGACCAUUUACGACAUUCCUUCUCAAGUAAAAAAAGCUUUUCUGAGAGCUUCAACUCCCAUUAACAUCACGAGUGGCUUUAAAGUCAGCGGCAUCAGUCCUUUGAGUACAAAUAUCUUUGAUGACUGGGAGUUUGCUCCCUCUUCAGUAACGGAUCGCCCAGUGAGGCAGCAAUGUGAACAGGAUGCGGCCAAAGCAAUGCAAGAUGUCUCAGAGGUUUCAAAAUCGGUAGAUGAACAUUGGUUUUCUUCCACUUCUGCAUCAAUGGAACCCCAUCCUUCCUCUUCUACAGCCAGUGAACCCCUUCCUUCCACUUCAACUGCAGUAGGACCACAACCAGCAGUAGCUUCUUUCAUUACUGAUCAAGUUGAAACUGCAAAUGUUGAUGGGGCCUCUGAGGUACCAAGACAAUCCUAUGGAUUUAUAUUAAGUGAGGAUAUCAGGAUAUCAUGGGAUGCAAGGUCUCUUCUAAAAGAGAUAGCUGAUUAA